AUGUUUUAAAAACGGAUCGAUCAAAUGCUUAUAAUGUACAUAUUAAUUAUUAUUAAUUACGAUCUAAAUAUAUAAAUAUCGAUCACACAUCAUUCCUCAUUCACCCAAUAUUUAUUAAAUAAUCACAUUUCCUUUCAAUCCAAUUUUACUUCCUUCCUUUCUUAUCUUACUAUUAUAUAUUCACUAUUUUAUUUGCCAUACUCCACCUCAUCAAAACUCCAAUUUUCUCAUUCAAUUCUACACACACUCUCUCAUUAACCCUUCAAUCUUACAUUUUCUAACUCAAUAAUAAUUUUUAUCAAUUUUAAUCCAUUUUUAAGUAUUGCAAUUCAUUAAUUAAUAAAAUCGAAAUUAAAUCAAAUAGUAAGACACUUCAAUUUCUAUUACAUUUAAUUCAAUUGA